AUGGAACAACCGGACCCUAAUGGAUUGUUUGCGAUGGUGGAACUCAACUACCAGGGGGUGUUUACUCGAAAUCUUUUCUCUUACACUGGUGGUGUCAAAACCAUGUUUAAUGAUGUUGAUUUUUCUUCAAUGACAUUUUCUGAGUGUGUCACUUUCUUUGAACGUUUCAUGCAUGAGGAGGUUAAAAAGAUGUACUACUGUGAACCAGGCCUUUCCCCGAUGGAUGGGCUUCAUCCCAUUUCAGAUGAUGUGGAAUUCGCUGCUUUUAUAUUUGAUGCUUAUGGAACAGAUGGUGUAAUUUAUGUUUAUAUUGAUCAUGUUGGAGUGGGAGUAGAUGGGUGGUUUGAUGAUGAGGAGGCUGAUGAUGAUCAUGAGUCUUGUAUUGAUGGUGAAAAUGAGGAUAAUAUAGAUGAACUUAGGAAUGGGAAUGUGGAAUUUAAUGAGGAUGCAGUUAUUAUGAAUAGGACAUUAAAUGAUCCUUUCCUGAAUAAGUUAUGUGUUGAUGAAGUUGGGAGGGAUGCAAAUGACAAGAUAUAUCCUAUUGCUUGGGUUGUGGUGGAUACUACUCAAAAUGAUUUCCAGGCUACUCAUAAUGAUUCUGAAUCUAGUAGUCCAGGGGGCUGUGCUCAAUAUUUGCAAGUGACUCCUCCUAGAAGUUAUGAAGAUGAAGAUUUUGUUGGUGAGGAUGUUGAGGUUGAAAAUGUUGCAGGUGGUCAGGGUGAAGCAAAUGGUGUGGUUGAAGAUGGUCAGGGUCAAGCUAAUGGUGUGGUUGAAGAUGGUCAGGGUCAAGCUAAUGGUGUGUUUGAAGAUGGUCAGGGUAUAGUUAAUGUUGUGGUUGAGGAAACUGUUGAGGUUCCUAAUGUGAAAGUGCAGCAGGUUAGACCAAUUUCAGAUAUUUUGAAGAGGAUAAGGAGAAGAAAGUCAUAA